AUGGCUGAACAACCUAGCAUAUCAUCUAUACUCGCUGCUCUAGCCGCUCAAAGGCCGAAUGCCACUUCUUCUAACCAAAACCAACAACCUAAUUUCCAGCAAGCUCCCCCACAACCUCCCAACCAAUACGGACUCCCACCUGGAGGAUACUCACUUCCCCAACCAACUAGCUCUGGUAGUGUUGACUUGAGCAGUAUAAAACCUGUUAACUCUGGAUCUGUAAGCAUAACCGAUGCGAUUGCAAAAGCCCGAGAAAUUGCGGCGCAAAAAGGUGUCUCUUACGACAGAACGACAUCUUACAUUCCCCAGCAAGACAUCCGAACACAGGGUGGUAGGCCUUACAGGGCAUCUAGAUCUCGAUCCCGAUCACCAUCAGCUUGGAGAGAUGCGUUCCGUGAUAACUUCAAUUCGUACCGUGACAACAGACGAAGUGAUAGAGUGCCAACUGGACGUGAUUUUCGCGAGCGUUCUUAUUCUCCAGGCCCUAGAGGUAGGCCUCAAUCAGGUGGCUUCUCGCCUGUUCACAUCAAUAGCUAUUCCUUACGAGAUAGAUCCCCUGCAAGGUGUGGUGAUGACAACUCUGAGUCGCUUUCAAUUGAAUCUAAUCUUGUUGGCCUGAUAAUUGGUAGGUCUGGUGAGAAUUUGAGACGUGUUGAGGCCGAUUCUGGAUCAAGAGUACAGUUUAUUACAGGCCCUGAAGAGACCGGACCAUAUAGACAGUGCAAAAUUUCUGGUUCCAGGGCAAGUCGUAUGAAAGCUAAGGCGGAAAUAAAUCGCAUAAUUGAUGAUAGUGGAAUGGCAGCAAACGCUCGUGCUGCCGCCGAGCGAAUGAAAGAAGUACCAUCCGGUCGUGCCUUUUCACAUCAGCCUGCACUACGUGAUGGUGAAGACAGUAUGCAGAUAAUGGUUCCUGACAAAACUGUCGGACUAAUUAUAGGUCGGGGUGGUGAAACUAUUAGAGAUUUACAAGAACGAAGCGGCUGCCAUGUUAAUAUUGUUGGUGAACAAAAGAGUGUAAAUGGUCUACGACCCGUGAACUUAAUUGGGUCCCGAGAAGCUGCAGCGCGUGCUAAAGACUUGAUCAUGGAGAUUGUUGAAAGUGACAGCAAAACCGCUACAGGUAAGGAUCGAAAUUCCAGUCAGAGAGAAAUUCCCAGAGACUCUGGAAUGGCAAGUAAUGGCAAUGGAUUAAAUGUCUCCGGAGGUGAAAAAACUAGUGAUUCUAUAUUCGUUCCAUCCGAAGCAGUUGGAAUGAUCAUUGGGAAGGGAGGAGAAACCAUUAAAGACAUACAGACCAGUACCGCAUGCAAAAUCAACGUAUCUCCCCAGUCUGGACCUGGAGAAGUGGAGCGUGAGAUUGGUCUUGUUGGUACCCGUGACUCCAUAAACGCAGCCAAACGAGCCAUUGAAGAGAAAGUUGAGGCGGUGGCAAUGAAGAAUGGCGGUGGCCGUACACGAAACGCUUCGCAAAAUGAAUUUAGUGAUAGAGGAGCUGCCUCCUUUGUCCAGACGUCACCUUCGUCAUCAUAUGCUCAGAUACAACAGGCACAGCCGCCGAACGCAAUACAACCCACAUCGUCAUCUGGUUCCGAAGACCCAUACGCAGCUUACGGAGGAUAUCAAAACUAUGUCGCGCUCUGGUAUCAAGCGAUAGCCCAACAACAACAAGGUGGUGUUCAGCCCCAAAGAGACCUAAGCAAACCGCCCGGAACCUCGUAA